AAGAACUGAGACUAAAAUGAGCAAGGCUCCAGAUGUUGCUAUGAGGAAAGGAGUCAGCAAUGACUGAUGUGGAGCCUGUGGUCACAGAUUUUGCAGCAUCAGGACGGGCAGGCCGCCGGAACGCCUUACCAGAUAUUCUGGGCUCUCCUGCUGGUGCUGGGACUUCAGACCUGACACACAAACUGGCUGAGCUCUCCGUUUCAGAAGAUGAAGGAGCGGAGGGUGGUGAAGUGCCAUCAUCCAAAGCCUUGCUGGAAAGUCAAGAGGCGGAAGGAAAAAGCAAUGAUUCCUAACACCUAAGGACUUCUGGAUUAAUGAAACCCAUUGACAGACUUUCCAGUUUCCCUGUGUCACCCCUUCUGAAGUGUGGUAGCAACUUUAGCAGCACAGACAAGAUUUUGCAACACACUUGUACCUAGAUGACAUUAACGUGGAACUACUGUUUUCUCUACUGUCGUCCUUCAAAACCAAUGUUCUACACAUCCAAAUGGGAAGAGAACUAAAGAAUGUAUCUCUUGUUUUGGGUUUUCUCAUGCUUAUAGUAUUCUUCCUAACUAAUCUUCUUUGACAGUUUCAAUUAAUAUACCUAGCAGAUGUACCACCAGCUAAUGAUUGCUUCAAAAUAAAAAUCCUGUUUCUUAAUUUCCCAAAAUAACUUCUCUCUCUCUGACAUAGAGGUGUAUUCACUCUCUCCACCUUAAGAUGAUAUUAAGUAUAUAUUAGAUUACAGACAUUAUAUGUAAUUUAUCUCCCAAGAUCUUUGUUCUCAUUAGGCAUAUGUAGAUGGUGUGAGAAAUAAAAGAAGAAACCAUGUUUUUCUCUCCUCCUCCUGUCUCCAAAAGGUUUUGUAAACUACUUAAACACCAGUGUUUGUUUUCAAACUCUCUUUAAACUCUGUUCGAUUAUGGCAGAUCAUCUCAGUUCUCCCAGUCUUAGCAGUCUUGCCACUUCUGUCAUUUCUAUUUUCAGUCUGAAUAUUGUAGCUGUUCAUGUGU